AUGGCCGCCCACGACGCCUCCUUCCACCCCCGCGAUGCCCUCGCAAACACCAUGAGCACCAUGAUCCAGACAACCGCCGUCGGCGCCGUUGUGGCCGGAGUCCAGAACACUCUUCGCAAGCAGAAUGUCGGCGCCAUGGGUAUCCUCACCCGCUCGGGUGGCAUCAUUGCCCUGUACGCCGGUGUCGGAGCUACCUACCAAUUCACCCUCGACGCGACUAGCAACCUGCGACGCAAGGACGACUGCUACAGCGAGGCCAUUGCUGGUUUCGCCGCUGGAUGUGCUCUGGGUGUUGGCAGGCGAAGUCUUCCCUUUAUGCUCGGUGCCGGAGCCGUAACCUCGACCGCCCUCACCGCGUUCCGAUACACCAACGGCCUCCGAGGCGUCGGGGACAUCAGAGAGCAGGUCGACGACGAUGGCGAGGUUGAGCGCAGGGAGGAGCUGAAGAAGCUGCGCAGGCGGCCACUGUCCGAGACGCUGGAGCAGCUGGGCGAGGGACGAGGAAUCUACGGCCCCGGCUACGAGGAGCGGAGGCGGCAGCGAUUGCUAGAAAAGUACGGCAUUGAUGUCAAGGCAGCCCAGCAGUAG